AUGGCAUUUGUUAGUCGCACCCUUUAUAUUCUAGGCAUUGUUCUGCUUGCAAACUCGGGAUAUUCUUCUUACCAAGUGAGUCAAUUAGAGAAGACGGGUGCUAGUAAUCUUGCAGAUGGAUUACCGUUAGAUUUGAAGAUAGAAACUAUACUAUCAGCGAUACUUCUAACACUGGCAGCAUUAUGGGAUAUAAAAAUGCAAAAGUGCAGACCGUUAGGACCAUUGGCUGAGUUAUCUGAGGAAAGUGUUAAGGCUUUAACCAGCUCACCUUUGAAAAAUAUAGAGAUGAGGAAAGCUAUGGAUGAGUAUGAAAUACAAGGAUUUACACCAUACGAUUCUCUCGAGCAUCGGCUUAGUUUUGUCAACUGGGCUGCAAAGAGAGCAGAAUAUGCGAAAUGGUUGGAAAGUCAACCCAAUUAG